ACUGCCAUUGUUGGAAGCGAGCAGACCGGAGAGGCCAAUGCACAAAGAGGCCCAUUCCCACCGUCUCCAUCUUCGCUGCCACUAUGAGAUGUCUGAUCUCUCUAAACUAAAUACCCAAACGAAAUCACGUCAGUGAAACACUUCAAUCCUCGUCCUCGCCAGCUCUAAAGAAGCCUCGCGGAGAAAUUUUCAAUGUCUGCUUUGCCAUUGGCAACUGCUGAAUUAUGUGAUGCAAAUCCACAUCUGAUCUUGAAUGGCGAACUUCGUGCACUUCAUCCAACCUUCCAAAUCUAUGGAAGGAGACAGGUUUUCUCCGGUCAAGUUGUGACUCUUAAGGUUUUUGAGGACAAUGUUCUUGUGCGUGAGUUUCUUGAAGAGAAAGGAAAUGGCAGAGUCUUAGUUGUAGAUGGUGGUGGAAGCAUGAGAUGUGCCAUAUUAGGUGGCAAUCCGGUUCAACAAGCUCAGAACAAUGGGUGGUCUGGUAUAGUCGUCAACGGCUGCAUCAGGGAUGUUGAUGAGAUCAAUGGAUGUGAUAUAGGUGUCAGAGCUCUGGCAUCUCAUCCUAUGAAGGCUAAUAAGAAAGGAAUUGGAGAGAAACAUGUUUCUUUGAACAUUGCUGGAACCAGAAUUUGUGAUCGUGAGUGGCUUUAUGCUGACACUGAUGGUAUUCUAAUUUCAAGGUCAGAGUUAACUAUUUGAAACUUUCAUGUACCUAUUGCAUCUUCUUGUAUCGCCGAUCAAUUAUGCUCUAAUCUUUCUUAUCUGCCUGUUUAAACUUUGUAUUGCUUCUUAUGGAUGGAAUAAUGUUGUACACUAAUUUUGUGCUGAUACAAAGUAGGGCCAGUUAAUAUAAUUGGUUCUGAUUGUUGGACUUCUGCUUC